GAAAAGAAGGAGACUGUGACGUCAGUGGGAAGCGCCGAACUCCAGUUUCCAAAGUUUUGUGUGAUGCUAAGGUUAGCUGAUGGACGGCAUUGAGUCUAUGUCCUCAUUAACAGCCCACGGAUGGAUGACAUCAACGUUCUACACCACAGAUGCCUUCUUAAUUUGAGGCGUAGGAUUCGAGAUAUAGCAGACGGGCACCCGGCUCAGGAGCGAUGCAUGAGGUUACAGAAGGAUGGAGACAAGCUCAGUUACCAAGGGAACUCCGAGGAAGUGGGUUGCUAUGUGGCCGGCCGUCCUUUAUCAAAGGGAAAUUGCUACUUUGAGGUAACCAUAGUGGACACAGGAGUAAGGGGAACCAUUGCUGUGGGCUUAGUGCCUAAAUUCUACAGGCUGGACCACCAGCCUGGCUGGCUGCCGUAUUCUGUAGCUUACCAUGCUGACAACGGCAAGUUGUAUAAUGGCAACCCUGUUGGAAAGCAGUUUGGCCCAAAAUGUGUUCGCGGCGACCGCAUCGGCUGUGGCAUCCACUCAGAAAAUACAGAAGCUGGUCUUACUACUGUUUUCUUCACCAAGAACGGCAGAGAGGUGGGUUCAGUCGAGGUUCCAGUGUCUUCAGAGGGCCUUUUCCCCGCUGUAGGCAUGCACUCCAUGGGAGAGGAGGUGAAGGUUGACCUGCAGGCGCAGUGGCUCUUAGUGGAGGAUGAUACUAUGAUGAUGGUUGACAGCCAUGAAGACGACUGGGGACGGCUUAAUGACGUCAGAGUCAGCGGAACGCUUCUGGAAUAUGUUGGCAAAGGAAAGAGCAUCAUGGACGUUGGUUUGGCCCAGGCCCGCCAGCCGCUCACCACGCGCUGCCACUACUAUGAGGUGGAAAUAGUCGAUGCUGGGGAGAAGUGCUACAUUGCCCUGGGCUUGGCACGUAGGGACUAUCCCAAGAACAGACACCCUGGGUGGAGCCGAGGGUCCGUUGCCUAUCAUGCAGAUGAUGGGAAGAUCUUCCAUGGCAGCGGAGUUGGAGAUGCUUUUGGCCCCCGCUGCUUCAAAGGGGACAUCAUGGGCUGCGGCAUCAUGUUCCCACGGGACUACAGCCUGGAUAGAGAAGGUUCAGCUGAUGUGGAGGACUGGGAUCGACUGGAGGGCCAUCCCAGUCAACAGGGCAUCCAGAAUGUUCUGUAUCUUAACGGUGAAGAGGAGGAAGAGGAUGACGAGGAAGGGGAAGAGAUCCCUCAGGAACAGCAGGGGAGGAAGGUGACGGUGUUUUUCACCAGGAACGGGAAACUCAUGGGCCGACGGGAGAUGGCAGUCCCCCCUGGAGGUCUCUACCCCACAGUAGGGAUGCUGAGCAGUGGCGAAAAAGUAAAGGUGGACCUUCAUCCUCUUAGCGGAUGAGGUUAGAGAGCGCAGGCCGGAGGACGCACCAUUCAGCUGCAUGCACGCACAUCCUACUCUGCACUGCACCGGAUUUCAUUUAUAAAACUAAUCAUGGCAGUAAUAACAGACGAGCAGUUCUGCAUCUGUACAGUGUCAGAGCAAGCUGCAGGCAGCAGGAGACUUCAAACGGUUAAUUCUAUGCAAUCUGCACUGCUAUCAUCCUCUAAUGUGUCCCUCUGCAUGCACUUUGUCUCCCCUCAUGAGGUCCGGCACGUUGCUUUAUUUUCACUUGUCUAGACCCCAAGCUAAGCAGAGAGGCCAGCGUUUGUUUCAGGGAGGACCUCCUCCCUGCUUCCUGGUCCUCCCUCUGGGCGAGGCUGCCCUCCUCUGAGCGGCCGGGGACCUCACACGCCGCUCUCCUAGAGCCGGCUGGGAGUCAGCCGUGGGGCUCCUUUGUUUCUCCAGAAAGGCAGCCUCUUGCAACAUUUUCCUCAGAUCAUUAUUUAGAAAUAAACAGGUAUUUGAAGCGUC